AUGUUAGAGGGCUUUCUCGAUGGCGGCAUUCCAAGGUACGCCAUUUUGAUGCACACGUGGGGCCAGCACGAAGAGACCUUUGCCGAUUUUCGGAACAAGAGCUCACGACUCCGGCGACUGACAUCAAAGUCGGACAAGAUCGGCACGUGCUGCAUCGACAAGAGCAGCAGCGCCGAGUUAUCCGAGGCUAUCAACUCCAUGGUCAAAAUCAGGGGCCCGUCCUCUGUCCGCGCAGCUCGAGGAUUUCAGACACUCCCGGUGGUUCACGAGGGGAUGGGCCUACAGGAGCUUCUCGCACCGUCCCUGUUAAAGUUCUACGACUUGGCCUGGUAUCUCUUUGGCUACUCUAGCCGGACUUAUGCCCACGGAAUCGAGAUCAUCCCCCCUCUAACCUCGCUUCUGGCUGAAAUCACCGGCAUACCCAACAAGCUUGUAUACCGUGAGAGCUUCGACCAAGCCUCAGUGGCCACGAGGAUGAGCUGGGCGGCCGGCAGACAGACGACGCGUACUGAAGAUGCGGCUUACUGCCUCCUCGGGGUAUUCGGUGUCAACAUGCCCAUGCUCUACGGCGAGGGCGAGGGCGCAUUCGCACGGUUGCAAGAGGAAAUCAUGAAGAAGCACGACGACCACUCCCUCUUUGCCUGGGAGCUUAACGAUGUCCUCGUUGCCGGGUUGAGGGUCGACGGAGAGACUUGCAUAGCCAUUUCCCUCAGGCAUUUGAGACGCUGUGGCUGCGUCACCGUAUGCCGACCACAAGAUGAACCCUCCAGACACUUCGUAUCGACAAACGCUGGUAUCCAUAUCGAGUUGCCUCUGCUUCGACUGCGGUCCGGUGAGUAG